UAUGACCAUAGAUGUAUUCCUUAAUUUGUGGUUAUGUUAUGACUUCGAUUUUACAAGUCAUUAUUAGAAUACAUUUAAUAUAAAGUUAUUCUUUCAAGAACAUUGGAAUUUAAGUCGUAUACCUAUUGCAGAUAUCUAUCGUAGCAUAAAAUAAUACUUUUCAGAAAUUUGCGCGAUGGAGAGCAUGGAAGUGGUUCCGAUCGAAAAGGAUGAGGGAAGUCCAAUAGACACCAAACAGGUAUUGCAAGACAUGGAUGUAGAAGAUUUGUACACAAAGUAUAAAAAACUGCAGCAAAUGCUUGAGUUCUUAGAAGUUCAGGAAGAGUAUAUAAAGGACGAACAAAGGAAUCUGAAGAAGGAAUACCUGCAUGCACAAGAAGAGGUCAAACGUAUUCAAUCUGUUCCCUUAGUUAUUGGUCAAUUUUUAGAAGCUGUUGACCAAAAUACUGGUAUUGUGGGUUCGACGACUGGAUCCAAUUAUUAUGUUAGAAUUUUAUCUACGAUUGAUCGGGAAUUGCUUAAACCUUCAGCUAGUGUGGCUCUGCAUAAACACAGUAAUGCUCUGGUUGAUGUUCUUCCUCCUGAGGCAGACUCGUCCAUAAGUAUGUUGCAAGCAGAUGAGAAGCCAGACGUUCAAUAUAGUGAUAUUGGUGGUAUGGAUAUGCAAAAGCAAGAAAUCAGAGAGGCAGUUGAGUUGCCAUUAACUCAUUUUGAGCUCUAUAAACAGAUUGGUAUCGACCCCCCUAGGGGAGUUCUCAUGUAUGGUCCACCUGGAUGUGGUAAAACAAUGCUGGCUAAAGCAGUAGCACAUCACACUACUGCUGCUUUCAUCAGAGUAGUUGGUUCUGAAUUCGUUCAAAAAUAUUUGGGUGAAGGACCUAGAAUGGUGCGUGAUGUGUUCAGACUAGCCAAAGAGAACGCGCCUGCCAUAAUUUUCAUAGAUGAAAUUGAUGCUAUAGCCACUAAGAGGUUUGAUGCCCAAACUGGGGCUGAUAGGGAGGUACAGCGUAUUCUUCUGGAGUUAUUGAACCAGAUGGAUGGGUUCGAUCAAACUACCAAUGUCAAAGUUAUCAUGGCUACCAAUCGUGCCGAUACAUUGGAUCCUGCUCUCUUGAGACCUGGUCGUCUUGAUAGGAAAAUUGAAUUCCCUCUUCCCGACCGUAGACAGAAGCGGUUAAUUUUCAGCACUAUCACAGCUAAAAUGAAUUUAUCUGAAGAGGUUGAUCUUGAGGAUUUCGUUGCAAGACCCGAUAGAAUCUCUGGAGCCGAUGUGAAUGCGAUUUGUCAGGAGGCUGGUAUGCACGCUGUACGAGAGAAUCGUUACAUAGUCUUGCCUAAGGACUUCGAGAAAGGAUACAAAAAUAACAUUAAGAAAGACGAGAGUGAACAUGAAUUCUACAAAUGAAUGAGAGGAAAUGUUGUCAUUCGCUUCAAAACAAGAGAUUCAGUGUAUUUAUUUCUUUGAAUUGCUGAACAUAAGUAAUUUUGAUAUUGUUAAAACCAAUAUACAGUGAAGAUAAA